AUUGGGACACUCCAGUUUGACAUCUAAAACCCAAUCAUCGGUAUAUAAACCCCCGGCAUCUCCCACCAGUACUUCUCACAUCCUCCCAAACUCUAUACCCCCCAAAAAUGCGGCUAUAUAUGGACAUGGCUUCCCCGACCCUCCAAAAUCAAACUGGCCUUCGACCAUGUCUCCCUCCAACCCUCUCUUAUAGAACACUUCCCAUAAAAACACUGUCCAAAGUCUUCACCCUUUCCAAGUCUACAAACCCCCCAAAACAUUUCAAAACACAGCUGCCUACUGUAUAUGAGCGCCCUCUGUCCAACCCCUCAAAAACACUAGUCGGGUCGAUGCAUGUUUGUCCAAAACCUUUCUUCUCCACAACGAUGCCCAAGUCUGCCUGCGCACCCCAUUCCAUCUAACCCGCUGGCGAAAAACAUCAAAAAUGAAAAAGCAAUCAUGCAUGUCUUUCGUCUCGCCCUGCCUCGCCCCGUCCCGUCGAGAACUAUCACCCCUUCUCAUCCUCCUUCCGCUUCUCAAAACCGACAAAGCACCUUCUCCAUGGGUCCAUGUGUCCUCGCCUCCAAAAAGCAGACAUUUGCUGUGCAUGACCUUGCGUCGUCCACUCCAAAAGUUCCAACCCAGAAUCUGCAUGUCGCCUCAAUCUUAGCUCAUGCAGAUCUAAAGUUUCGCAACUGUGUGGCUGUGCAAACUCUCCGACUAAAAAUACAUGUCAAAAAAAAUGAUGUGUGUCCGACUUUCUUGUUCCCCAACAUACGUACUAUGUGCUAAACCCAUCAACCCCAACGCACAAAAUCCGCUAGCACGAUGACCCAUGUGCGAGC